AGGACACAUUCCCCCAAACUUCAAUCCCUCCAACUCCAAACCCAACCACCUCAACUCCCACAGGGCCACACCACUUUUAACAUUUCCAUCUGAGCACAGCCACAUCGUUCUCAUCGAAAACUCCCAUUCUCCGCUGCUGCCACCAUGCAAUCCCUCCACUCCACCUCCCUCCGCCCUUCCCCCCUCGACCGCCUCCGCCGACCUCGCCGCUCCACCAUCUUUCCGGGAAACAAUGCCAAGCCUCCCCCUCAAAGGCUCCCCUUCAAAGUCUCCUCCUCCGCCGUCACCGCGGCCCCCAAGCGCGAGACUGACCCCAAGAAGCGGGUUGUUAUCACGGGCAUGGGUCUAGUGUCGGUGUUCGGAAACGAUGUGGACGUGUACUACGAGAAGCUGCUGAGUGGGGAGAGCGGCAUCACUCUAAUAGAUAGAUUCGAUGCUUCUAAGUUCCCGACGCGCUUCGGCGGGCAGAUUCGGGGGUUCAAAGCGGAGGGAUACAUUGACGGGAAGAAUGAUCGUAGGUUGGAUGAUUGUUUGAGAUACUGCAUUGUUGCAGGGAAAAAGGCGCUUGAGGGUGCGGAUCUCGGGGGUGACAAGCUUGACAAGAUAGAUAAGAUUCGCGCUGGUGUUCUGAUUGGAACAGGAAUGGGCGGUCUUACGGUUUUCUCCGAUGGUGUUCAGGCUCUAAUAGAGAAAGGUCACAGGAAAAUAACUCCAUUUUUCAUACCUUAUGCCAUCACAAACAUGGCAUCUGCCUUGCUUGCUAUUGAUCUUGGCUUUAUGGGGCCAAAUUAUUCAAUUUCAACUGCUUGUGCUACCUCGAAUUAUUGCUUCUAUGCCGCUGCAAAUCACAUCCGUCGGGGUGAAGCUGAUUUGAUGAUUGCUGGUGGAACUGAAGCUGCUAUUAUUCCCAUUGGAUUGGGUGGUUUUGUUGCAUGCAGAGCUUUGUCUCAAAGAAAUGAUGACCCCCAAACUGCUUCUAGGCCCUGGGACAAAGACCGAGAUGGUUUUGUUAUGGGUGAAGGUGCUGGAGUGUUGGUGCUGGAAAGUUUGGAACAUGCUAUGAAACGAGGGGCACCAAUAAUUGCUGAAUACUUGGGAGGUGCAGUUAAUUGUGAUGCUUAUCAUAUGACUGAUCCUAGAUCUGAUGGACUUGGUGUAUCUUCAUGUAUCCAGAGUGCACUUGAAGAUGCUGGUGUUUCACCUGAGGAGGUGAACUACAUAAACGCCCAUGCAACUUCCACCAUAGUUGGUGAUUUAGCUGAGGUAAAUGCUAUUAAGAAGGUAUUCAAGAACACAUCAGAAAUCAAGAUAAAUGCAACGAAGUCAAUGAUAGGGCACUGUCUUGGUGCUGCUGGUGGUUUAGAAGCUAUUGCAACAGUGAAAGCCAUUACAACGGGCUGGCUUCAUCCUACCAUUAAUCAAUUUAGCGCAGAGCCUUCUGUGGAGUUUGAUACUGUUGCAAAUAAAAAGCAGGAGCAUGAAGUCAAUGUUGCUAUUUCAAAUUCUUUUGGAUUUGGUGGACACAACUCUGUUGUCGCGUUUUCUGCAUUCAAGCCCUGAUCCUGUUCAAAACGAGUCGCUCAUCAGAGAGCUAACUGAGACUCUAUCAGUUGCCUUUUUAUUUUUUUUCACACCGUUAAAUCAAGGCAGGCAUGUAAUUUGUUUAGACUGAUGACUUUUAAGAUCUUAGUUAGAGGACACCAUUGUCACUCGUUAUUUACUUAAACCUCUGAAAAUCAUCAGUUUUGCUGCAUUCUGGCCUAUACCAACAGGCACUAGGAUUUCGUUUCGGCUUUCUAACGUCAUUUGUAUCGGUCCAAAUAUACAUAGCUGCGUCUUCAAUUCAGAAAUUUCUGCAUAUA